UUGAGAAUCGUCAUGAAAGACGAAAGCAGAUGUUGAUUAUCUACAUAUGAUUCAUCCUUUUGUUUUUAAAACUGUUAUGAAUUUAAAGCCUUGUGGACUUUGGGUGGACAUUUAUAUGAGGUACAGAGUUGGGUAUAACACAUUACAAAGGAAAGAUAAUGUACUUUACAUGCCACUGUAGCAGCUAAACCCAUACAAUGAUAGCUUAGCUGUUCCUCCCCUUGGCUAGCGACACCAAACUAGCCUAGUUAGAAAAGUUUUAUAUUUUAUCCGUCAGGUAGUUGUACAAACAGUGACAACACCCGAGGCAGGUUUUAUGAUAAAUCCAACUUUUUCUGAUCAUGUCAAGUCUAAAAUUACUGAAAGAACUUCGAGUUUCACUUUGUAGUGUAUUUUCGUAGGCUUGAUAGGUUUUGAAAGUAACGUGAAAGUAAUGAGUAAUCGGAUCACUUUUUACAUGCAGUGAUCAGUAAUGUAAUCAGAUUACAAUUUUAAAGUAGUAAUUACUCAUCUGUAUUGGAUUACCUUUUUUUUUUAGUGACUUACCCGACAAUGACGAUGCAGUUUGAUUACAUUAUUUGUAAUAAAACACUAAGACUGUGUGCAGUGCUUAAUUUGUAAAACAUGAGGUACCAGAACACCAAGGGACAGGUGCUCCAGCAAGUGGACAUAGAGAGAGAAUUUUUGGAAGGGAGGUGACAAUAAUUUAAUAAAUUAAUUUUAUUAGGCUUCGGUUUAAAAUGUAAAAGAAAAAAUACGAAUAAAAUCACUGUAAUGGAUAAUAAUUAUUUUUGUCACCUCCUUUAAAAAUUACAAUUGGCUCGUUUAUAUGAUGACCAAUUGAUCUACACACCUUAUCAGUCACGCACAGUUACUUUAUUUAAUUGUAUUUUUUUAUUAUUAAAAGAAAAAAAGCUGCAGAGGUGCCUGAUCAACAUAAAUACAUAAAUCCAGAUUAGAUACUGGCGUAUGGGAUCUCGUCUUUGUAGCUUUUACAGGGUUAGUGUUUUUCCUCUGCACAGUCGCCAUCUAGUGGGCAUUAUGUUAAACAACACAAGGUUUUUAUUCUGAAAUGCAUGUUGUGGGCGGAGUCACCCAGCAGCCGCCCGUUCUGAUUGGCUGGCUCUCAGCAACAGCUGGCCAUGCGCAGCUCCAGUGAUCCAGCGGUGCUGAGGCUCUUUGAAGCAGACAUCCAGGCUACAGACUUUGGAUUAGUAGUUCGGUUGAAGUGGGCGGACCUAUGAAGAAAAUGAUAUGUAGGCCACAUGGGAUCAGAAGGGAAGGAACAAUGAAAAUUUAAGAGAUCAAGUUAACACUGUUUGGAAAAAUGAAGAAAAAGGGGAAUGUAGGUGUGAUGAGGCAGAGUAAGUCAGCUACUGACAUUACACCAGGAAUUCUGGACCUAAAAGAUGACUUCCGCUGUUUCCAGAGCAGGCUGGGAACUAGGUCAUUGUCACAUGACAGUAUCUUUCUGUUGGAACAGCGUCAAUCAGACCCUGAGCCACCAAGAGUUCUUUCCCAGGAGAAUGUCCAUGGAAAAAUCCAAGCACUGCAAAUGAAGCUACAGACACAAAAGAUGCAUCUAGGUCCACCACCUUUGGUGUUGACCAUUAAACAAAUUGAAGACCCCUCUGAAGUCCUGACAUUGUCCAAAAACCUGCCACACAAGGUAACCAAGUUUACACACAGCCAGCCUGACCAAAUGCCCAUAACUAUUUGCCAGAGCCAUAUCUCCCUGAAGUUCUCACCUGGUUUCCCACUGAAGCUGAAGCUAAGCAGGGUUCUGGUGUGUGAAGGCAGUGCAGACAUUAAAUUACUUUUAUGGUUCAAUGGUACUUUAUUAGCCACUGUCUCACAGAGAAAAAAAAUCCAAAUGUCUAGUGCAUACUUAUACAUUUUUAAUUUAUUACUUUUAAUUCAGUCCCACCUGAAGUCUACAUCACAGGGAGUUUUACCCCAUCCAAUCAGCCCCACACUGCCACCAUUUUAUUCCUCUGCACCUUCACCUGGGGUAGAUUUCAGCACCCUUCCCCAGUUUAUCCCCUGCCUGGACAACUCUGCUGCCCGCCAUCGGAUGUCCAUUAAGCCUCGGAAUCAGAGAGCCAGCACUAAGAGCAGAAGAAUGCCCACCUCAGUGAGUCUGACUCACUCAAUCCAAGAUGGAAGCAGACCUUGCUCAGAGAGUAUGAUCAUCCUGGAACGGUCUCUAACUGAGAGUAAAGAAGAGGACGGGAUAGCUGUGACCAAGGAAAUGACCCAUGUUCGGUCCUACUCCUCGCAGAUCAUUAGGCCAGGGAAGGGCCUUAUCGCUCCUCCAAUCAAAAGCCCAUGUCUGACUUUACCUCUAAAAUUACCGGUGGGAGCUGAUGAUGAUGACGAUCACCGACUUGCUAUGAGUCAAUGUAAAGAAAAGGUAGUGCCAACUGUGUGCACCACUGCAGAUGUAGGAACUAAGCAGAUACUGAAAUCGGCAGAAGAAAUGGCUGCUAAACGUCCUAGCUCUGCUGGGCACACCAGUCGUAAGGGGAGUGGAGACCAUAAAGAGAGUCUGUAUAGCUCCAAACUUAAGGGCGUUGAAGGCAGUGCUGUUUCGAUUGUAAGCUCUGUAUAUACCCCACGUCUCAUUUUGUUAGGUACUGAGCAGUCUCAGCCAAAAACUGACAAGGACUUUAACACAGUAACGACUCAUUUUAAGAGAAAUGCAUUGACCCAAGUCCAAGACACAAAGCAGGAACAUAAUCUUCAAAGCCAGCCACUGAAACCCCUUUCAAUGCACAAAAAUACAUCACGCUUAGAUAACAAAUUUGAGGGCAGAAAUAUACACCAAAUCUCUUCAAUGCCAAUUUCCAGUGAGGACGGAUGCCUACAGGAGUCCACAACUCAACAACGGUCUCGAAGCUUUUAUAUCUCCUCAGAUAAAAGCCACGAGAGGCAGAGAACCGGAAGCUUCACUGGACACAUGGAGCAACCAGGAGGAAAGAGAGAGCAUGUCUUUCCACUCACAAAACCUUCAUCAACCCUGAAAACACAGGAUCUACACAAGAAUGCACAAGUAAGAGCAACAGGGAAAGAUCCAUUACAGACAGGAGUUACCAGCAUUACAGCAGUUUCAUCCAAGCCUAGAGAGCUGACAGCAUCUGUGUCUGCUGGUCAAGAAAGAGUGGACAGUCCAGCAAAUAAAAACCGAGAUGUGGUAGUGGAGACUCAGCAGAUAGUUAAAGAGGUAGAUGAGGCAAAUAAGGAGAAAAUGAACAUGGUCAGUAAGGAGCAGAAAGAGGAAAGGAGUGCUCCAGAAGUGAAGCUGCACACCAUAUCUACAUCAGAGUUCAAUGUCAAACAGCAUAACCCUGAAGUCAGGAGUCUGAGCACACCUUGGAUGCCAGAAUCUACUACUCCUUCAGCUGUAGGCCCGAAUGACAGCAAAGCGGGGUCUUUAAGAGAACCUUGCACAGUUCUCAGAAGUCCUCCACUCUAUAACACUGAACUCUUUAUAUCUUCUGAGUCGCCAGUGUUCUCCAGUAUUCGACCUCAGAGUGCCAGAAGGGACCAAGAGAAAGCUAGACUAAUUAGAUUUCCUGAUUUGCAGGGUUCAGCUCAGUCGCCGGGUUCACCUAUUAACAUCACUGUGAGUUCGCCAGUGUGUGUGAUAGAGAAAAGUCCUCUACAAACAUGUGCAAAAGAGUCAGGAGAGGCUUCCACUGAGCUAUCUUGGAUGACUAUGGCCCGAGAAAAGACCAGAAGUCUCCAGCAACUUUUUACAAACACACUGAAUGACCUUGCUGGCCUGCAGACAGCCACACGACCAGCUGCAUCCCCACUAACCCAGAUAUCUUCACAGCCCAGUGCAGGACCUAUAAGGCCUAUACAUCAAAUAUCAUCUUCACAGCCCUCUGUCAGUCCAUUAGAGACUCAACUUCCAACUGUACAUGCUUCUGUAAGGGCAAUGCAACCAACUCAACCACCAACUAUGAAGACUUCCAUCAGCCCGGCACAGCCAUCCAUAGAUCAGUCAGGAGGAGUUGAUUUCUCCUUCAAACGAAUUCUUUCACCAACAAGUCAAGUACAACCAACACAUCUCAGUGCCAGACCAGGACAAAUGUCUACUCACUUAGCUUCAAAACCAGUGCAACUGACUGGAAUUUAUAUACCACCUACCCAGUUCAAUCCUCAAAUGAUACAUGCACCACAGCAGCAAUUAUACCAGUUGUCAAUACAUCAAGCUCAUCCGAUCCAGCAGUCUCUGCCACAAAGUGUGCCAAAACCUGAAGCAUCACAAUCCUUGCGCCUAUCAUUGAGCCCAAAGCUGACACGUCAUCAGCCUGCCCAUCAAUCUCCCUCGCCGAUUUCACAGCACAGGCCACUUGGGGAAAGCUUGUCCUCUUUGCCUUUAAGGAAAAUGGACUGGACCUCCUUGCCCCAGGGAAAAGUCCCAACAGAAAGCCAAGCUCAGUAUGCAGGAGGCCUGGGGAGCAAAGCUUUACUUGUCGAGCAAUGGCACCACCAAAAACCUGACGCAGUCAAGGUAGUGGACCAGAAAUCUACACCAGACUCCCGAACCUAUCAGCCUUUGGAUGAAUUUCUAACCAUUUCCAGUCAUGGAAAGUUCACAGAAUUAGCAGCUUCUCCUGGUCCCAUGAGGUUAGAGCGAGAGGCCAAAUGUCAGAAGAAAACAUUACCACCGCCAUCACCUUCUUCAUCGUCACUCCUUCAGUCAAACAAUGAUAGUAGACAACCUACCUGGAUGGAGCUGGCAAAGAGGAAAUCUAUGGCAUGGAGUGAUAAGACUAUGGACUGAAUUAGAUAUAAGAGAGCAUACUAAGUUGUAAAAUUUCAGGAAGGACUGAGAAGACAGAAUAUCUCAUCUAUCAAGUUUGUGUGUUUGUGUGGGUGGGCAGAUAAAAAAGCAGUGGAAGGAGAAAGAAAAAAACAGUACAAGAAGAACAACAAGGUCUUGCAACUCCCACAAGCAAACAAUUACACAAUAUUUUCCUAUACCCUUGGUUUUGUUAUUCUCAGGUUAAUCACAUAGUGGUUUUAUUAAGGAAUUCUAAUAUAAUAUAGUAUAAUAUAAUAUACAAAAAGAUACAUUUCUAUCUAUUUAUGAAUGAUAGUUUUUUUUGUUUUACUAAAUGUGACCAAUUUUAAUUAUAAGUUAACAUGUGGAAUUACAGAAUUAAAUGCAUAUUAGCAGAGGUAAAAUGAUAGUAAGUUAGUCUUUGAAACAUAUAGAUAUAUGUAUAUGUAUAAAACGAAAUAUAACAAAACAAAACAGUUGUGAACAGAUAAACUUCACUUUGAAAAGGAUUUUGCAA